AUGGAAAACCCUAUGAGGAGGCCUUCUACGCGGCAGUGUUUUGGCUCCACCACAACCACCCCAAGACCCUUGCCUGCAACCUCCUGCCUAUUGCCGGCGCCUUUGGCCAUAUUAUCCACGUUCUGGACAUUCUGUCACGAGUUCUUCUACAAGGGAAUGGCCUGCAGCAGGAAGAAGAAGAACAAAGACUUCCGGUCCCGACAGUACCAGUUCCAGUUAACACAAAAUGCAAGGAAGAAAAACAGGACAACUUGUCCUCUUCCUCCUCCUAGUCCUAGACAGAUUCGGCAAAUCAAGGUGGAAAAAGCCAAGAAGAAAGCGAGCGCCUUGUUGAAGAGAAGGAAGACAAUUGCCACGGCCAACAAGGCUGCUGACAGGUACCACGGCGACCCGGAUUAUUGGUUCUUGCACGACCGGGUUUCUGAUCUUAUGGCCGAGUGCUUGAAGCAUGAUAUCCAACAAUUCAACCAGCAUCUGCAGCAGCGUCGUGAGCGUGAGCGUGAGCAAGGCCAAGACCAAGACCCAAAUGAGAAGAAGAUGCAGACGUUGGAGUUUAACGUAACCAGUGUUGCUUCUUGCUUCGAAUUCGUGCUGCCCCCCGCGGAUCAACUGCUGUAUGAAAGCAUUGCUAGGAAGGUUUUCCCGCCAGGAGAGUCAGACUCAGAAUCAGAAUUUUUGAACCCAAUGUCUCUGUGGCGGCGGCGGCUGCGGAAAGAGAUUUUGGUACCCUUGAGACAAGCCUUGGCUCCUGCCAACCAAACAGGUGCCAACAAGUGGGGUUAUGAUCCGUGUUAUGAACGAGAGCCCUCUGAUGUCGCUGCCUCUGCGGUUCACAAGUAUAUGGUGGCGCUGCAAAAAGCCACUGCCGCCGCCGAGGACAAGCCCGUGUCCUUGUCUGAGAGCAUGAUUGAGGCCGGUGCUGUGCUUCCACACACGAUCGUACGCUACGCCGUGAAUUAUAAUGCUCGUUACGAGCGAGCAGCUGAGCUUCAGUGGAAGAGAAUGGUGGAGGACGUGUACAAAAAGCAGGGGAGACUGAACAAUUGCUUGGCUGUUUGUGACGUGCGGGCGUCGGAGGCGGAGGCUCUGGGGCUGUUUGUGUCUCAACUGAGCGAAGGGCCUUGGGAAGGAAAGGUGGUGAGUUACAGCGAAAACCCUCAACUGCAUUUGGUACGAGGCGAAGAUCUCAAGUCCAAGUUCAGCUUUAUGCAGAGUUUGGUUGAGUGUCAGGGUCGCGGAGUUCCUCGUUGCACCUAA